AUGGUUAAGCACAACAACGUUAUCCCAAAUGGGCACUUCAGGAAGCACUGGCAGAACUAUGUUAAGACAUGGUUCAACCAGCCUGCUCGCAAGACCAGGAGAAGAAUCGCUAGGCAGAAGAAAGCUGUGAAGAUUUUCCCUCGUCCUACUGUGGGACCCCUUCGUCCCAUUGUCCACGGGCAGACACUGAAGUAUAACAUGAAAGUCAGAGCCGGUAGGGGAUUUUCACUGGAAGAGCUCAAGGCUGCAGGUAUCCCUAAGAAAUUUGCCCCAACUAUUGGAAUUGCAGUUGAUCAUCGUCGUAGGAACUCUUCCCUGGAAGGUUUUCAGACUAAUGUUAAUAGACUGAAGACUUACAAGGCCAAAUUAGUCGUCUUCCCAAGACGGGCUCGUAAAUCCAAGGCUGGUGAUUCUACUUCAGAGGAGUUGGCAACAGCUACUCAAGUCCAAGGUUCUUACAUGCCAAUUGUAUGGGAGAAGCCAACUGUGGAGCUUGUUAAGGUCACAGAAGAGAUGAAGUCAUUCAAGGCAUAUGAUAAGCUGCGUUUAGAACGAACUAACAAGCGCCAUGUUGGAGUCAGAGCCAAGAGGGCUGCUGAGGCUGAAAAGGAAGAGAAGAAAUAG